AUGACUUCGCAAGAACUGGAGAUUACAACUCUAUACAUUUAUCCGGUGAAAUCUUGUCGGGGCAUUCAGGUGGAUUCAUGGAAAACCAAUAAAUUUGGUUUUAUAUAUGAUAGAUUUUGGAUGAUUGUUGAUGAGAAUUACAAGUUUCGAACACAACGCGAAUUUCCAAAGCUGACUAUGAUAGUGCCAGCCAUUAACGAAAAUCCAGAAGAUGAGUAUGGAGGAUCUCUUGUGUUGACAGCUCCAGGAAUCGAUAGAGAGUUAUCACUUCCGCUUAAUCCAAAAGAGUCUUCUCAUGUCCUACAGAAAGCCGUAAUAUGGUCAUACAAUCUCGACGCAUACGAUUGUGGUGACGAAGCAGCAACCUGGAUCACCGAAUACCUAGGAGUAUCGUCACGGAUCGUAUACAAAUCCACCCAAGAAACAAGGACCCUCGAGAAAUACGCGCCAACCGAACAAGUUCUCGGGCAUAAACCGCAGACAGCAUUUUCCGACAGAUUUCCUUUCUUAUUGAUAAGUGAAGAAUCGCUGGGUGACGUGAACAGUAAAUUGUCGUCGCCUGUUACCAUGCGGAAUUUUCGACCCAAUAUUGUGGUCAAAGGAUGUCGUUUUCCUUUUGAGGAGGAUACUUGGAAGCAGUUUGUUAUCGGCGAGGAUGGCGAAAAUUUGUUUUACGUCGCAUGUCAUUGUACUCGAUGUACUGUGACGACCAUAAAUCCAGAGACUGGCGAGAUAAAGAGCGACGAACCAUUCAAAGUUCUACAAUCAUAUCGUAGAGUAGAUAACGAAUCAAAAUCCAGGGCUUGUAUUGCACAACAAGCAACCGGGAUGCUUCAAGACUUCAAACUGAGAAGAGAAGUACAACGGAUACGCGUAACGGAAAAAUACGAAGUCUUGGGAUUCAUCAGCUCAGGAACAUAUGGUCGUGUAUAUAAGGCAAAGGCAAAGGCAAAAAUGUCUGUCGAAGACGAAAAGGAGCGAUUGUAUGCUAUCAAAAAAUUCAAGCCUGAUAAAGAGGGUGAACCGCAUUCUUAUACGGGCAUUUCCCAGUCGGCGUGUCGUGAAAUAUCUGUAGUAUUGCUCGAAGAUAAAUCAAUACAUAUGGUGUUUGAUUACGCUGAACACGAUUUUCUUCAAAUAAUUCAUCACCAUAGUCAACAUGAAAGAAAACCAAUACCAGAAUUUACCAUUAAAUCGUUUCUAUGGCAAUUACUGAACGGGGUCGCAUAUUUGCAUGCUAAUUGGGUGUUACAUAGAGAUUUGAAACCGGCGAAUAUUUUGGUUACUGCCGAUGGUGUUGUGAAAAUUGGGGAUUUGGGUUUAGCGAGAUUAUACCAUCGUCCUCUGCAACCGUUAUUUAAUGGUGAUAAAGUGGUUGUCACUAUUUGGUAUCGAUCUCCGGAACUCUUAUUAGGAUCAAGACAUUAUACCAAUGCUAUAGAUAUUUGGGCUGUUGGAUGUAUAUUCGCGGAACUGUUAACCUUAAAACCAAUAUUUAAGGGUGAAGAGGCAAAAAUGGACAGUAAAAAGAAUGUUCCGUUUCAAAAGAACCAAUUGACCCGAAUAUUUGAAGUUUUGGGAACACCAACAAAAGAAAGGUGGCCAACUAUUGAUCAACAACCCGAAUAUCAACAUUUGACUGGUUUUCGAUCAUACCCAAACAAUCUUCGUGACUACCAUCAGAAACUAUGUUCCGCGAAAUCGGACGCUUCAUUCGACUUGUUAACAGAGAUGCUCGAGUACGAUCCUUUGAAACGUAUUACUGCCGAAAAUGCACUGUCGCAUCCGUAUUUCGAAGAAGAACCGCAGCCAUCGAUGAAUUCUUUUGAGGGACAACCAUUCGAAUAUCCACUCAGGUCUGUGAAACACGAAGACAACGAUAUGAAAGCUCCGAUGGUAUCCGUAUCAGCCAGCACAUCGCAAGGAGUCACCGCUGCACUAAAACAUGCACACUCGAAUGCUAACAACAAAAAAGAUGAUAUCAGAACAACCAAGAGAAAUAGACUGGAAUGA